GUGGCGGUAGGCGUGGCCAAGUCUGUUGUGUUGGAUCUCGCGCUACCAACGAGCGAGCGACAAGAAACAAGUCCGAACGCAUCUCAGCUUUUCCCUGACUGCCCGCUAAGGUGACAACUCGACUGGCGGAGACGACUCGGCCGAGCGUCAAGCGGCACAAAAGCGGGAGGGCGUGGGCGGCGACCCGGCGGCAUGACCUCCAAAGGCGCCGGUGGCACGGCAUCAAGCCGUCGCAACUACAGGCUGGGUUUGGACACGGACAAAGCCAAAUCCAGCGGUAUUGUCAAUGAGAAACUGCUGAGCGACUAUUUGCAUCACGUCUUUCGUUCCGGUGAUGGCGCGCCCGCUCCGGCCUUGCUCAGGAAGCCUCUGACUUUCCAGGGUCUGAACACACACCUGGAAAACUUGCUGUCUGAAGGAGAAAGCGUUGAUGAUGGCCCAGAGCGCGAGGUGGAAGGUCGUCUGGGUCCUCAACCGGUGGUCCUGGACCACACCGGAGGCUUCGAGGGCUUGCUCUUUGUGGACGACGACCUUCUUGGGGUGAUUGGCCACAGCAACUUCAGCUCCAUCCGGGCCACCACUUGCGUCUACAAAGGAAAAUGGGCGUAUGAGGUGCUGAUCUCAUCACAGGGCCUGAUGCAGAUCGGCUGGUGCACGCUCUACUGCCGCUUCAACCAGGAGGAGGGUGUGGGCGACACGCCCGACUCGUAUGCCUACGACGGGAACCGGGUGCGCAAGUGGAACGUGGUGACCACCAACUACGGCAAGUCGUGGGCGGCGGGCGACAUCGUCAGCUGUCUCAUCGACCUGGAUGACGCCAGCGUCGCUUUCUGCCUCAACGGUCAGUCAUUGGGUACAGCGUUCAGCGACAUCAAAACUGGUCCCGGCGUGGCCUACUUCCCUGCCAUCAGCCUGUCCUUCAAGGAGUCUGUGGCCUUCAACUUUGGGAGCCGACCGCUCAGGUAUCCGUCAGAGGGCUACCUGCCCCUGCAGGACCCGCCCGCCGCCGACCUGCUCAAGGCCCAUAAGCUGCUGGGCUUCGUCAAGAACGUCCUGUCGUCCCGCAUUCAUGUACAGGAGGACCGCGUGGUAGAGACGGAGCGCUCGGUGUGGCGUCUGGACGGCCAGCCCACGGUGUUGAUCACGUUGGCGCACAUCUUCAACCACUUUGCUCCGCUUAUGUGCAAGGUGUACCUGGUGGAGGACGUGCUGAUGAACUUCCUGUUGGGAAUCCUGGAGGGUGGCGGUUCGGUGGAUGAGCACCCGCUUAUACAACAGCUGCUCGACCUAUUCUGGCUCCUCAUGGAGGACUACGAGAUCAACGAGUGCCUGAAGCAGCUUAUGAUGUCGCUGCUGAGGGCAUACCGCUUCUCCCCCAUCAUCCCCGACCUCGGCUUCCAGAUCCACUACCUGCGUCUGACCACGGCCAUCUUGCGUCACGAGAAGUCAAGGAAAUACCUGCUUGGCAAUGUCUUGUUCGACGUGCUGCGCUCGGUGGUCUUCUUCUACAUCAAGACGCCGCUGCGGGUCAAAGAGGCCGGGCUGGAGGAGCUCAUCCCCACCACGUGGUGGCCCACGCACUCGGAUAAGGAGGGAAAAGACGAGCGCGAGCCCAAAGACGAGAGUUCGGACGAGCGCUUGCGGCGGAGGGCGUACGAGCGAGGAUGCCAGAGGCUGAAAAAAAGAAUCGAAGUGGUGGAAGAGCUGCAAGUGCAAAUCCUCCGGUUGCUGCUAAACAACAAGGAUAAGAGCACUGGCGAAGCCUCCCGCUACAUUUUCCUGAACAAGUUCCGCAAGUUUCUCCAAGAGAACGCCAGUAACCGAGGGCACCCCACGGCCCUGUGCCCCCCCGAGUACAUGCUGUGUUUCCUGCACCGGUUGAUCACCGCCGUGCGCGCCUGCUGGGACGAAGCCAGUAAGAAGAGUCCGGGCAGCCUCGCCAGCGAUGAGGCGUAUGUGCCGCCGCAGCUGUUCUACAACGGGAAGGUGGACUACUUUGACUUGCAGCGACUAGGCGGCCUGUUGUCGCACCUCAAGAAGACGCUCAAAGACGAUCUAGCGAGCCAAGCCAACAUCGUGAUGGACCCGGCGGAGAUCCAGGCGGCGUCCAUGGACGACCUGGACGAGGACGAGGAGAGCGGUGGUGCACAGAGGCCCGCAGGAGCGGGGCCAGGCAGCGCCCCCGCGGCCCGGCCCGGCUGGCUGAGCUCGCCCACCCUGGGGCGGGCCAACCGCUUCCUCAGCACGGCCGCCGUCAGCCUCAUGACCCCCCGACGACCCUUGGGCCAGCCCGAGAAGCUUAAAGUGCGCACUCUGGCCGUGGAGCAGCGUACUGAGGACGACAUCGAGGGCAGCCAUAGCAACGACGGCCUGCUGCUCGGGCGACCCGCCCAAGAGUCAGAUCGACCCGUGGCCGACAAGUCGCUCCUGGAAAUCACCGACGGGAUUGUCAUGAUGUACAACCUCAGCGUACAUCAGCAGCUAGGAAAGAUGGUGGUGGUGGCCGACGAUGUCCAUGAGUACGCGGCGGCUCUCAAAGACACGGAUGAGAAGAUUGCGCGGUGCCCGGCGAGGAGGGCAGACAUCUUGGACGAGCUCCACAAGAGUCGCAAGGUUUUCGCCGAGAAGUUGAAUCACCUGAGUAGAAGGCUGGCCUGGAUCAACGCCACCAUUUACUCCAAGGAGAAGAUGCUGGACGUGUACUGGCUCUUGCGUGUGUGCAUUGUGACGGUGGAGCACGCCGACCGUACGGGCUCACUCUUUGCCUUCACGCCCGAGUUCUACCUCAACGUGGCCAUGUACGCCUACAACGCACUCAAGAAUUACUUUGGGCCCGCCGGCGGCAUGGAGCAGCUGCCGGGCUACCAAGAAACUCUGGCUCAGCUGGCGGCCAUCCUGGCCAAACACUUUGCCGAUCCAAGAAUCGUCGGGACAGAUAUCAAAGACGCUCUGAUGCAGGCGUUGGCCAGCUACGUGUGCUACCCGCAAUCCCUUAGGGCGGUGGAGAGGAUCCCUGAGGAACAACGCGUGGCCAUGAUGAGGAACUUGCUGGCACCCUAUGAGCAACGACCGUGGGCGCAGACCAACUGGAUUCUUGUCCGGCUGUGGCGGGGCUGCGGUUUUGGCUACAGGUACACACGCCUACCGCACCUGCUCAAGACCAAGCCCGAGGACGCCAACCUGCCCAGCCUCCAGAGGGACUUGUCCAUUGCUAGUUUCCAAAAGCCGUGUCCGUCGCUGCUGCUUCAGAGACACAUGGCUCUGCUGCUGAGCACGGAAAAAGAGAUGGGCGCCUCCUUCCUUAACAGCGUCCUCAAUCAGCUCAAUUGGGCCUUCUCCGAGUUCAUCGGCAUGAUCCAAGAGAUCCAACAGGCGGCGGAGCGCCCGGAGAGGAACUUUGUGGACACGCGGCAGCUCAAGGUGUGCGCCACCUGUUUCGACUUGUCGGUCAGUCUGCUGAGGGUCCUAGAGAUGACUGUGACGCUGGUUCCGGAGAUCUUCCUGGACUGGUCGCGUCCGUCGGCCGAGCUGUUGCUGCGCCGUCUUGCUCAGUUGCUGAAUCAGGUGCUGAACCGGGCCACGGCAGAGAAGAACCUCUUUGACCGCGUGGUCAACUUGCGCCUGCCAGGUCUGGAGAGCGUGGACCACUACCCCAUCCUGGUGGCCGUCACCGGCAUCCUCGUCAGACUUCUUGUCGACGGUGACCGACACGGGACGUGUCGCGCAGCGUGCGUGCUGCUGUCGGACCCGUGCUUCCAGCUUCACUCCAUCCGGCACCUUCUCAGCGACGAGCCGUCGGCGACCGUCUCCUCGACGGCCGCCGCCGCCCCAACGGAGCGCAAACAUUUCUCCCUCAACGCAUGUGAGCGAUCCGCCCGCCGUCACCGUUUUGUCAGCGUUCUCUUUGUUUUUCUUGGGCGCUUUUGCUUCCACAGACAGCGACUACAUCAGCGCGGACGAGAAGAUGAAGGUGGAGAGCAUGCUGGCCUUCCUCAGCAGGGAAUCGCAGCAGGCAGCCACCAGCGCGCAGCCGACGAGCGAGGACGACCUUUGCCCCAUCUGCUACGCGCACCCCAUCUCUGCCGUCUUCAAGCCCUGCUCGCACAAAUCUUGCAAGGCCUGCAUCAAUCAGCACCUGAUGAACAACAAAGAUUGUUUCUUCUGCAAAGCCACCAUCACAGGGGUGGACGACUACAUCAAGACCCCUGCCUCGUCCUCCUAACACAUGCAUGCUGCUCCCAGAGCGUCGCGUCGGCGGCCUCCGUUGCACUUGUGUGUCUAUUCCUUUGCUGUGUUUUCUCUCAUGCAAUUAAAUUAUUCAUCACCGACAGGACGUGCACGUUUUUGACUAGAAAAUAGUUGUUAGACGAGUCGUCAUUGACCUCCGCCGGCGUCCCAUUGAUAAACUCCCGAAAAUAGCCACGGUCAGACGAGGAGGAGGAAGGACAUCUUGUCUAUUUUUGCCGUAACACAAUCUGCGCGUGCGAGCGGUACAGUCAUUUGUUAUUUCAGAAUCAAAUAUGAAUGAGCUCAUCUUGUUGUCAUGGUGACUUAUCAACUGAAAAACCACGUAAAGGCGCGCGUCGCCCCCUGCGGGACGACUACCGAACUACGGUCAUCCCAAACAGCGUUCAUUUGUUUUUGGAGUGCAGCGCCUCCUUUCUGGACAGCUAGUGGCUAACAGCCUCUGGCUUACAAAUGAAAUGUUUUCUUCCAUUUUACUUUUAUUCACACUGUCAAACAAGAACAGAACAACAGAAAUGAACAGCUUUUAUGUCAGCGAUAAUGAUUGAAUGUCGUAACAGCCAUCCACCUGCGAAAAAAAUGAAAAAAAAAAACAUUGGAAAACCAGCAUGAAUAUUAACUCAUUGGAUGGCAUUGACAGCAAUAGACGUAUAGCCCAUUUGAACUCUCCCACUUGAAAUAGAUUGGACAUCUCAUAACUACCAUAAUUUUCAGACUAAAAGCCACUACUUUUUUUCAUUUUGAAUCCUGCGGUUUCCAGUGUGGUUUAUUUGUUGAUCCAUUUGGCUUAAUAGGUACCACUUAAUUUGACAAUGAUGACAACUAGAGGUGUGCAAAAUUUCCGAUUCUUAGAUUAUUCGCGAUUCGGCCGUGGAAGAUUCGAGAACGAUUCACAAACAUCCAAAUUUCGAUUAUUGAAAUAUGCCAAGUAAAGCGGAAGUACACAACACUCAGCGCGCCGCGCGGUCUUCGGGACGGAACGGAGCGAGAGUAGCUAAACAUCAUGCUUCCCAUUACCCGGCCCCUCGGGUAAUGCCAAUGCUCAACUCACGGCUAUAGCUCAACUCAUGCAACAAGAUAAAAAAACACAACAACAUACCUGACUGCUGCCGAAAAGCUGCUACAAAGUACAUCCAUAUAAUGUUACGGUGGAUAUCAUUUAUAUAGGACUAGAUGCAAUAUAGAUUUGGUAGUGUUAGCAGCACAUCUACAAAAAGCUAGAUACGGGCGUUAUAAACGGCCGCCAUCUUAAAGCAGUACACUUCCCUGCAAGGCUGUUGUAGCGAACCUUCCAAGCAAACCAAAUUAACUUUUUAUCUAAAAUACUCCUAAAUCGGUAAAAUAUUGACUUGAAUCCAUCUUUUAAAAUAGUUUUAAAACUUUCACAUGUCGAAAGUAGACAAAAGGGAAAUUAUGGAAUAACGGGAGCAAUUUUAACAACUUUAACGGUUGAUUCACAACAUUAAAUUAAUUGAAUGUAGUUUAAAGCUGCUGAUACAGAAUGGGGACUGGAGUUUUUUAUUUAAUGUUAUUUUUGUAUAUUUGUUUACUGCUAUAUGUUAACUUGAAACUGAAAUAGUAGUGUGGUUUAGCCUGAGAGUAUUUUUGAACAAUUUUGGAACUAAUGUACAAAACAUUUAAAAAAAAAAAAAAGGAGGGGGGUGCAUCAAUAAUCGUUUUAUAAUCGAAUCGGAGCCUCUGAAUCGUAAUCGUAGUCGAAUCGUUAGGUACCCAAAGAUUCCCAGCUCUAGUAAUAACACUGUCAUAAGACUAAUAGUUAUGACAUGACACUAUCAUGGGCCUUACUGAAUGCUUGUGUCAUUAAGCAUCUGGCAAAUUAUGUCACUAAUACCAUUUAUAUCCAGCUUGGAUCUUUUACAUCCAUUUAAAAGUGAGAUAAUUUGCCCGAUAACAAUAAAUGACAUUUGUUAUAAGCAUUCAUACAUGCUCAUGACAGUGUCAUGUCAUAAUUAUGAUUGUCUAAUGACAGCCUUAUGGCCUUAUAAAGUGUUACCAAAUACCAUAACUCGCAAUUAAUGAAACAACUGGAACAGUAACUGAAGAAUUAGCACAGAACAUGAAUUGUAUUAUUUACAUCUGUAGUGCUGCAAUGCAUGCUAGGAGGCAUGUUGGACAACAGUGUUGACGGCAGGUCGCAGCAGAGGUUGACUGUCUCCCCCAAAGGAGCAGUUUGGGCCAAAUGAAGCCUAUUGAAGCAAUGAAGCUUUGCAGCCAAUUGGUUCAAAGCUUCAUAGUGGUUCAUUUAGUCUUAUGACAGUCGUAUGAUGCCGCUAUCAAAGUGUUACUGUUUUGUUGUAAACAUUCCAUAAUACAGUGAGGACAGCUGCGGCUUAUAGUCCAGUGCAGCUUAUCAAUGAACAAAUGCCAUUUUCGUACCCAAUUUGGUGGGUAGCGGCUUAUAAUCAGGUGCGCCUUACAGUCUGAAAAUUACGGUAAUUUGGUGGGAGGAUCUGUCUUGCAGAACAAUUGUUGAGAAUAGUGCAGCGUAACGCCUGCCUGUUUGAUUUUGGGUGAACUAUGUGGAAGUGAAUGGAUGAGCUGUCAUUUUUGGUGCCAUAAAGAGUCGAGUAAGUGCCACUAACGUCGAAGCGUCCGACGGAGGCGGUGGAGGUCUGACUGGCCUGCAUGACUUGGCUGAGUGCCCACAUCUGCUGGAGGCUCCGAGACACGCCCGCCGCGUCCACCGCCGGGCCCUACCAACACACAAAUGGAGCGGCGUUUACGAAAGAAACGGCCCGUUCGAUUCAGGUGUACCUGCACGGGCGGGUCGACCGUCUCCAGGGCCAGCAGCCAUUCCGAGAGCUCCUUGUCCGGCUCCUGCAAAGCGCCAACAUAGAAAAAGGGUUUUCCCUUUAAAACAAAAUAAAAAAACAAGUGCGUUUUACAUACGGGUGGGGGCGCGCGUGGGUAAACGCGGACGUCCUCUACUCCGAAUGAGGACCAGGACCACGACGGCUGCUUCAGGAUCAGUCGCACGCAAGACACCUCGUCAGCGGACACUUGCAACUGAGCACAAAGCACAUCAUGCUAUUGGCAACUUAAAAAAUACAAUUGCUUCAUAAUGAUAUUGACGGGACACAUUCCCCAGACACGCCUUCAAGUAGGGGGCUGUCCCACACUCCGCUUCAGUCGCUCGAAGUCGGUCGGUUAUUCUCAAACAAAUGCAGCGAUCCAAGGACAGAUUUAGGUUGAAAAAGUACGAAAGCUGUACCGCAAAGAAACAGGAAGGAUUGUCUCAGGAGUAAUUUGUUCGAGGAUUCAAGGUAAUUAUUAUAUUUUCCGUACCAUGCAUGCAUUUUGAAACGUAAAAAAAAUCAAUGGAAGAAAUGCCAUGGUAAGCGCUGUGGUAUUGGUGUCAUAAUUUGCAAUAUUUACGUAAAAUAAAUGUUAACUGCCCUUUUUUUUUUUUGCUUUCAACCAGGAAUCGAGACUGUUUUACGUUCAUAUCUACAAAGAAUUCAGGGAUUAAAGCAUUUAUUCACAAGAAUGUUCAAUGUAAAAAGCUCUUUGUCUAUGUUUCCACUCGUUCAGCUUUGACGGAGAUAGCUCCCCUAUUAAUCGGCACCACGU